AUGCCCCCGCUGCAGCUCCGACAGGAGUUCCCGACGCUGAAAGCGUUCAAAGAGGCCCUGCACGCCUGGGCCAUCGAGGCGCACUUUGAGCCGCGCAUCCUCAAGUCGGAUACGGGCCGCGUGCGCGUCGGCUGCAAGCGCGACCCCAACUGCCCGUUCGUGAUCCGGUGCAACUGGGAGCGCAAGGGCGGGCGGGAGCCGCUGGCCCGGGUCACAGUGCUGAGGGAGAGGCAUACGUGCUUGAACGGGUUGGAGUGGAGGCCUGGCGGCGGGCUGGGUGGCGAGGGUCAGGGACAGGGCAUACCCGGGAUGGUCAUGGGGACGUCGGGCAUGGGGGGUUUGAGUGGGAUGGAUGGGGGAGGAGGGAUGAAUGGGAUAGGUGGUGGAGGAGGAGGAGGACAAGCACAGCAACAACAGCAGCAGCAGCAGCAGCAGCAACAUCAACCACAACCACAACAUCACCAGCAGCAACUGCCGGGUCUGGAAAUCCGACAGGAUGCGGAUGGAAAUAUCAUUCCUGGGGCGCGCGUCCUGGGCCCCAUGUCUCCACGCCUUGUUCAGAUGCAAGACCCGAACACGCCGACGCUCAUCCCCGUGCUACCCAAGGUGCAGCGAAACUCGGCGUCCCGGCUACCGUUCUUGAUGGAGAUCCUGCCGCGGCUGAUGCGGAUCGACAAGGACACUACGCCGGUGGAGAUACGCGAGUGCUUGCUACGGGAGUACGGUGCGGAAGUUCAUCUGCAGCAGUGCCGGCGCGCCAAGACGGAGAUUCUGAAAAAGAGGGCGGAGAACGGGGAGGCGCCUGAUGGAGAGGUGUCUGUUGGUGGUGGUGGUGGUGUUGGUGGUGAUGGUGGUGAUGGGCAGGGGAUGGGAGGUAGUGCGGACGGAAUCGGGAGUCAAGAUGGGGACAGCAACAACUUGUUCGAGCAGCCUGGCAUUCACGGGACGCCUACACCUGCCCCUAAUCAGCCGCCCCACGGUAGCUCUCACGGCGCUGGUCUGAACGGGGGUGCGAAUGUGGGUGGCAUGGGCGCUGGUGGUGCUGGUGGGGUCAGCGAUCAUGGCUACGAGCUGCACACCGCGAGUGGAAUCGUCAUCCCCCAGGUCCCGCGACGGGCCGAGGUGGCGCUGAGUGCCGUGUCGGAGCCGGCGGUCCGGUGUCCCUUUUGCAUCAACCACCGGUGGAUGAGGAGCGUGAAGGACGCGGUGGAGCAUAUGAGUAUGCACGUUGUUGUUUCCUAG